AGCACUACUAGCAAAGCUAUUAGCCUCCUCUGCAAGUAAGCCCCAGUUCUCUUCCUCUCUCUCAAGCUACACCUUCUCAAACGUACUCUGUAAUCUCUCUCUCUCUCUAUCUCUCUCCCUCUCCCUCUCUCCCUCUUGAGAUCCCUUCGUUUCACUUCCCAAUCUCCACGCCAUGGUGCUCGAGGCAACGAUGAUCUGCAUCGACAACUCCGAGUGGAUGCGAAACGGCGAUUACUCUCCGUCGAGAUUUGAAGCUCAAGCUGAUGCUGUCAAUCUUAUUUGCGGAGCUAAAACACAGUCUAAUCCAGAGAAUACAGUGGGAGUUCUCACAAUGGCAGGAAAAGGGCUUCGCGUUUUGGUCACUCCUACCAGUGAUCUCAGCAAGAUUCUGGCUUGUAUGCACGGUCUAGAAAUUGGUGGGGAUAUGAACCUGGCUGCCGGCAUUCAGGUGGCACAGCUGGCCCUUAAGCAUCGCCAGAAUAAAAAACAACAGCAACGGAUUAUUGUCUUUUCUGGAAGUCCUAUCAAACAUGAAAAAAAGUUGUUGGAGAUGAUUGGAAAAAAGUUAAAAAAGAACAGUGUGGCAUUAGAUAUUGUCAAUUUUGGUGAAGAAGAUGAUGGGAAGACAGAGAAGCUGGAAGCACUUCUUACUGCUGUGAACAAUAAUGACACUAGCCACAUUGUCCACGUUCCAGCUGGCCCGAGUGCCCUUUCUGAUGUACUUAUAAGUACGCCCAUCUUCACAGGAGAUGGGGAGGGUGGAAGUGGUUUCGCCGCAGCAGCGGCAGCGGCGGCAGCCGGUGGUCUUUCUGGUUUUGAGUUUGGUGUGGAUCCAAACCUUGACCCUGAAUUGGCUCUUGCUCUGAGAGUUUCAAUGGAAGAAGAGAGGGCGAGACAAGAAGCGGCUGCCAAAAAGGCUGCAGAUGAAGCUGCUAAACAGGAAAAAGGAGAGGGCCAGCCAUCUGGCUUACAGGAUGCAGCAAUGACUGAGAAUGUUAAUACUGCAACUUCUGAAGCUGACAAUAAGGCAAAUGAUCUAAUGGAUGAUGAGAAUGCUCUGCUACAGCAGGCCCUUGCAAUGUCAAUGGAUGAUCCUGCCUCUAGCCAUGAAGUGCGAGACACUGAUAUGUCAGAUUCAGUUGCUGAUGAUCCAGAGUUGGCACUAGCUCUUCAAUUGUCUGUUCAAGACAGUACAGAGGACGUGUCUAGCCAAUCAGAUAUGAGCAAGUUGUUGGCUGAUCAGUCCUUCGUGUCUUCCAUCCUUUCAUCACUUCCAGGGGUUGAUCCAAAUGACCAAUCAGUUAAAGAUUUGCUUGCUUCGAUGCAAAGCCAGAGUGAGUCCCAGCAGAAGGAGGAAGAAAAAAAGGAACCAAAGGAGGAGGAGAAAAAAUGAUGAUGAUCUGGAGUUGCUUUUCCAUGCUAGGUCCAAAGCUCUCUGCCUAGUGCGCCAUGAUGGUGCAUAUUGAUAUGAUUAUGAAGUGUCUUGAGAGGGCUUUUAGAGAAGAAAUUUUUAUGUCAUAAUGUGCAAACAUUGAAAUGUAUUUCGUUAAUCUUUCAAUAUCACAUUAUGUUACUUCAAAUUAAGUUAUUUAGUUUUUUUUUUUUUUUUUUUCUUCUUAAAAACUCUCUUAUGAAUUUAUUCUUGUUGCUUUGCAACUAGAUGAUGCUUCGUGGAAUGCAAAAUCAAGUCUUGACAUUUUU